UAAUCCCAAAUUAUUUUGUCAUCGCCAAGAUCCUUUUCGAGGAUUUCCAUAGCUGCAAUCAAUCUUUCAUGAACCACAAUAACUCCUAGAUAUCUACCCAAAUUACGAAUGACCCUGGUUUUCCAAAAUACCAUGAAUUUCCAUAGUAUCACGAACAUCUCUCCUAAUUUGAUGGACUCUUUGGUCUUCAUCGUUGCUUGAGAAGGUUUUGUGAUGCGUACCGUUCUAAGACUUGAAAUCUAAUGGAACGACUUUGGUGAUUUCAGAACAAAAUCAUAAUUGUCGUUGUACCUCAACUUUUCAAAGAUUCAAACCGCAUCAAUUGACCAAAGCCAAUUGGCCAAAGUGGAGGAAGCAAUUUCUUAAAUGCUUACAUUGCCCCUUCCUUCAUCUUCUCAAGGUAAAACCAAACCAACAAAUUUUCUUACACAGACGCAAUUUCCUCGAUCCAUUCCUUUUCUUUCUCCACUCCAGUCCAGCACGCCUCGGCCGGCAGUAAUGGCGCCCUAAGUCCAAGCUUCUGAAUGGAGAACAGAACUGUAACCAUACUCGCCUGCACCACGAUCGCCUUACUCGUCGUCCUCAUAAUCGUCGCCCGGGUCUCCCUCAAGCUCUCCCGCCCCUUCUUCUUCAUCGCCGGCGCCGAUGUCGCCGUCAUCCUCGCCGUCGUCUCCUACCUCUUCAUCCGCCGCCGCUACAACAACCGGAGCAAAAUCCUCAGGACCCAGAUGGUCUCCGAGAGCCGGGAGCUCCGCAUCGAGUACAGCUUCCUCCGCAAAGUCGCCUGCGUCCCGACCAAGUUCCGGUACCAGGAGAUCGAGGACGCCACCGCCAAUUUCCAGUCUUUCCUCGGCAGGGGAGCUUCCGCUUCGGUCUUCAAGGGCGUUCUCAGCGACGGGACCGCGGUGGCGGUGAAGCGGAUCGGUCCCGAGGCCCGAGGCGAGAAGGAGUUCAGAUCUGAGGUCGCCGCCAUCGCCAGCGUCCAGCAUCUCAACCUCGCAAGGCUGAUCGGCUACUGCAUCGUCCCCAAUCAAUCUCGCUACCUCGUCUACGACUUCGUCCCCAACGGAUCCCUCGAUUGCUGGAUUUUCCCCCAAAAAAUUGGGGGAAACGGAAACCCUAACCCUAGGUGCUUGACAUUCGACCUCAGAUACAGAGUCGCAAUAGACGUCGCGAAGGCGCUGAAUUACCUCCACAGCGACUGCCGGUCGAGGAUCCUCCACCUCGACGUAAAGCCGGAGAACAUUCUCCUCGACGAGAACCACCGGGCGAUCGUCUCCGAUUUCGGGCUCUCGAAGCUGAUGCGCCGCGACGAGAGCAGAGUAAUCACCAACAUAAGAGGAACAAGAGGCUACCUGGCGCCAGAGUGGCUUCUCGAGCUCGGGAUCUCGGAGAAAUCGGAUGUGUACAGCUACGGGAUGGUGCUACUGGAGAUGGUCGGCGGGAGGCGGAACGUCUGCCGGGGGAAGAGAUCGGGGAAGGAGAAGAGUGGGAAGUGGGAGUACUUCCCCAGAAUCGUGGAACAGAGGAUGAGGGAAGGGAAGCUCAUCGAAGUGGUGGAUCGGAGAUUGCUGGAGAACGGCGGCAGCGGAAUUGAAGAGAGGGAAUUGACGCGGUUGGUUCAUGUGGCGUUUUGGUGUAUACAGGAGGAGGCUCCGUUGAGACCCACGAUGGGUACGGUGGUUGAGAUGCUCGAAGGCAGAGUGCCGGUGGGUCAGCCGCCGGAGACGCAGAUGAUGCUCGUUGACAUGCUGUCCAUGGAUGAGGACUCCUCCCGGGAAGUUCAGAAUAAUAAUAAUAGGAGGUUGGUGGCGGUGCCGAUAGCGAAAGUAGAUGACACUCCCGUUGCCGCCGUCUUGUCGGGUUCUUUCACCAUGUCGGUUAUCUCCGGCAGGUAGCUGCCGGCCGGCUGGUAUUCUGCCGUCUUUUUUUGUUUUUUGGUUUUCAGGUCCAUGCUGUAAACUGGAACUGAAACAUAAAUCACAAUUACAAAAUACUUGAGUUGAAGUUAAUUAGACGGAGAUGUAUAUAGUUGGUGGGUUAAGCUUAUUCGCCGGUGACUUCUGUACUAAUCAGGUAGUCCCUGAGUUCUUUCCCGGCCGAAAAUGCCGUCGGAGAAAUAGUGGUUUUGCCGGUUAGGUGAUUGAAGAAAUGUUCAAAUGAUUA